AUGGAGUCACUUCAUCGAGUAGAAACACUACUCUCUGGGCUCCAUCAUUGCCCUCGUACGAGCGCCAACAGAAACAGAGUAUUCAGAUCCGUGAAGGUCUUCAGCAACCCAAGAAAGUGUCAGUGUUUUGAUCUACACGACAAGUUGGUUCCGUACAAGAAAGCUUGGACAUGGCAGAAACGCAUCGUCGAACAGAAAAAGACACUGAUUGAUAGAAACCAAGACUGUCCUGACACUGUGAUUUUAUUACAACACGAUCCUGUUUACACAAUGGGGACUGGCAGCUCAGAGGAUUAUCUCAAUUUCGACGUAAAGGAUGCUCCUUUCGAUGUGUAUCGAACUGAGCGUGGUGGUGAAGUCACUUACCAUGGUCCUGGUCAGCUAGUUAUGUAUCCUAUAAUCAAUCUUCGGAAUCACGAGAUGGAUCUUCAUUGGUACCUCAGGACACUUGAAGAGGUUGUCAUUAAUGUUCUUUCCUCUGCUUUCUCUAUCAAAGCUUCACGUGUUGAUGGUUUAACUGGAGUUUGGGUUGGCAACCAAAAAGUGGCGGCCAUUGGUAUUCGUGUGUCGAAAUGGAUAACGUACCAUGGACUGGCUCUUAAUGUUACUACUGAUCUAACACCGUUUAGUUCGAUAGUUCCGUGUGGGAUUAGAGAUAGACAAGUUGGGAGCAUAAAGGGUUUGCUUGGAGAUGAAGAACAUGGAGAGGUUGGUGAUUUGAGGUUGAUAGAUAUUGCUCAUGAGUCUUUGCUUAAGGAGUUCUCUGAAGUUUUCCAGCUUCAAAUCGAAAAGGAGACAGUUGCAGAUCCUUAUAUUUUGUAAGCUGAGCCUUUCAAACGUUUGGAGUGAGAAAAGUCUUGCAAUCUCUGUAACAAUGUUGUAACGUUUUUAACAUAAAGAUCUUGUCCCGAGAAAAAGGUUUAUUGGCAGUUGUGACAUCAUCUGCUUUUUGUAGAUUUUUGUGUGAGAUUACUUCUCUUUUGCACUGUU